AUGUCAGAAAGGAAGGUCGAGAAUGCUCUCGAGACGAACGUCUUCGAUAGUGCACAGGGAACUGAGCACGCGUCAGCUGUUGUUGGUGCGCCAGAGCGCGCAGGAACUACAGAACUUCCUUUAUACCCCAGGAAGUCUCUCGAUGUUGAGGAAAAAGGGUCCUUCGCUGAAGAUGGCGAGGAGCCUACCGAGGAGGAGCUUUUCCGCCUCCGUCAUAUUGGCGACAAGAUUCCUAUGAGCGCAUGGUUGGUCGCUGUCGUGGAACUGGCAGAGCGCUUUACGUACUACGGUAUCACAGGACCCUUUCAAAACUAUAUUCAAAAUGAGAGAGGUGGCCUCAGACCGGGUGCUCUGGAUAUGGGGCAGUCGUCCGCUACGGCUUUGCAAUACUUCUUUCAGUUUUGGUGCUAUGUUACACCUAUUUUUGGCGCUAUUGUUGCUGAUGCCUGGCUGGGACGUUACAAUGCCAUCGUUCUCUUUGCGUUGAUAUACAUUUGUGGUCUUGUUAUUCUAUUUAGCACAUCACUUCCCGGUUCUCUCGAUAAUGGCGCUGGACUCGGUGGUCUUAUUGCUGCCAUGAUUGUUCUUGGCCUCGGUACUGGCGGUAUCAAGAGUAACGUUUCGCCGCUGAUCGCUGAGCAGUAUACAAAAACCAAGCCAGUUCUUAAGACUCUUAAGACUGGCGAAAGAGUUAUUGUUGACCCGGCUGUUACGAUCCAGAGCUUGUACAAUAUCUUUUACUGGUGUAUCAACGUGGGAUCGCUAUCUUCAAUUGCUACAGUAUGGCUUGAACUGAAGAUCGACUUUUGGGCUGCCUACCUUCUCCCAUUCUGUUUCUUCUUCGUCGGUCUCUUCACCCUCGUUAUCGGUCGUAAGUAUUACGUUAUCCGCCCACCAAAGGGUUCAGUCCUCCUUGAUGCCAUCAAAGCACUCACAUUGGCCGCCAAAUCUGGCUUCAAUAUGGAUGCCGCCAUCCCCGUCCACGGUGAACAGUUCGUCAGUGAACUCAAGCGUGCUCUUGUGGCAUGUAGAGUCUUCUGCUUCUAUCCCGUCUACUGGCUUCUGUAUGGUCAAAUGAACUCCAACUUUGUCUCCAUGGCCGGAACAAUGGAAACACAUGGAAUCCCAAAUGAUCUCCUCUUCAACCUGAACCCAAUUUCUAUCAUCUUGUUUAUCCCAUUGAUGGAAAAGGGCAUCUACCCUCUUCUCAGAAAAUUGAAGAUUCCAUUCAAGCCAAUCACCCGUAUCGCAUUCGGCUUUUUCCUCGUCUCAGCGGCCAUGGCCUAUGCCGCAGGAGUCCAGAGGAUGAUCUACAAUGCUGGUCCUUGCUACGACGGCCCUCUUGAGUGCGCCGCUAGUGAAGAUGGUACCACCCCUAAUAAAGUGCACGUCGCGAUUCAAACACCCGCAUAUGUCCUCAUUGGUUUCUCCGAAAUUUUUGCAUCCAUCACUGGCCUCGAGUACGCCUUCACCAAAGCACCUCCAUCGAUGAAAUCCCUCGUCAUGGCUCUCUUUCUUCUACAAAAUGCAUUCGGGUCAGCAAUCGGUAUUGCGAUAUCUCCGACGUCGAAAAACCCAAGAAUGGUCAUCUUUUAUGCCUGCCUAGCAGGAGUUACAUGUUUGGCGGGAACGGCUUUUUGGUUUACAUUCAGAGACCUGAAUAAGACCGAGGAGGAGAUGAAUAUGUUAGAUGCGAACAAUACAGAGUUUAAGCCAAAGCCGGCGGCAGAGGUGAAGACGGCUAUUUCGAAGAAGAAAACGCAGGUUUAG